CCCACAAAUUCCAUUUUUGGCACUCAGCACCCUCCUCUGUGGUGUCCCCAGGGGUACAGAAAGGUCUGAAUGAAUCCCAUGUUCUCCAGCCCCAGAACUGGGCAGGCAGUAGGGCCUCAGAAGAUGGCUGUGGAAUCAAUGACCAGAUGCUGAGUGAGUCCCUCGUGGAAAAAGCUGAUGUGUGCCUCUCCCUGCCCCUGGAGCUAGAGGCAGCCAUGAACUCCAGCCACCCGGAGCCGGGUCCCCAGGCACCCCUGAGCCCCCGCCUUCAGCCCCUGUCCCAGAGCUCUUCCAGCCUGCUGGGUGAAGGCCGGGGACAGAGGCCAGAGCUCUGCAAGAGGGCCAGCAGCACCGUGUGGCAGGCCCAGCUGGGCGAGGCCAGCGCCAGAUCCCGGGCCCCGGAGGAAGAGGGGGACCAGCCUGAGAGUAUGGAGCCGGCACGGGCCUCUGGCCCUGAGGCACGACCCAGUGCUGGAGGCCACUGGCGGAGCAGCACUGUGGGCAAUGUGUCCACCAUGGGUGGUGGUGACCUGUGUCGCCUGCGGGCCCCCAGCGCAGCCUCUAUGCAGAGGAGCCACUCGGACCUGGUUCGUAGCACCCAGAUGCGGGGACACAGUGGUGCCCGGAAGGCCAGUCUCAGCUGCUCAGCCCUUGGCAGCUCCCCCAUCCACAGGGCUCAGCUGCAGUCAGGUGGUACUUCUGGCCAGGGUGGCCAGGCCCCUGCAGGCCUGGCAAGAGACCUGGCUCCUGAGGAUGGGACUUCUAACUCAGCCCGGAUGCUGGGGGCAAGUCAGUUGUCGGUGCCACCGCUAGACCUGGGGGACACAACUGCCCACAGCAGCAGUGCCCAGGCUGACUCCAAAGCCCCCAAACAGCCAGCUACCACCACCUGCCAUGCUCUGCCCCCAGCUGCUCUACUCUGUGACAUGAGGGAGGCAGGGGCUGGUGGCUGCUGCCAUGCUCUGCAUGCCACAGGGAUCCUGGCCUUUCCCAAACUAGUGGCAUCAGUGAGCGAGUCUGGGCUGCAGGCUCAGCAUGGGGUGAAGAUCCACUGUAGGUUGUCUGGAGGGCUCCCUGGGCACUCCCAUUGCUGUGCCCACCCUUGGGGUCCCACCAGCUUAGCCCCAGAGCCUGGCUCUAGGACCAAAGAUGUGUGGACCAUGACCUCAGCCAGUGACUUGGCCCCUGCAGAGGCAUCCCCACUGUCAGCCCAAGAUGCAGGUGUGCAGGUGGCCCCCGUGGCGACCUGCAAGGCUGUGGCCACCAGUCCAUCCCUGGAAGCACCUGUGGCCCUGCAUGUGUUCCCAGAGGUAACUCUGGGGUCCAGCCUGGAGGAGGCAUCGUCCCCUGUGCGGGAUGUGCGAUGGGAUGCUGAGGGCAUGACAUGGGAGGUGUACGGAGCUGCAGUGGACCCGGAGGUGCUCGGCGUGGCCAUCCAGAAGCACCUCGAGAUGCAGUUUGAGCAGCUGCAGCGGGCACCCACCAGCGAAGACAGCCUGUCUGUGGAAGGCCGGAGGGGGCCGCUGCGGGCUGUCAUGCAGUCCCUGCGGCGCCCCAGCUGCUGUGGCUGCUCCAGUGCGGUCCCCGAGUGAGGAGCUGCGGCCCCCGAGUGAGGAGCUGCGGCCCCCGGAGCAGGCCUGGGCCCAUGGACUUGGUCUUAGACCUGGGCCAGGGACGGUGGGGGCUCAUGCUCCCUGCAACCACCGGCAGCUGGGCACGUCUGUCACCUGAACAUCGGCUGCUUCCAGACCACAGGACUGCAGCCUGGGCUUCCUGCUCCAUGCAGCUGGGCUGUUUUCUUAAGGGCUUGAUUUUCAAGGGCCACAUCUCUGCACCUUCUGGGCUCUGAACUUUGAGACAGGGAUUCAGCACCAUGCAUAGGGGAGAUCCUGAGUUUUCCAUAAAAGACCUUUUGUUCACUCCA